AUGGAGAUAGGAAAUUACUCUGCCGUGACUGAAUUCUUUCUGGUGGGGCUUUCCCAAUACCCAGAGCUCCAGCUUUUUCUGUCCGUGUUUUGCCUCAUUAUGUACCUGGUAAUUCUCUUAGGAAAUAGCCUUCUCAUUAUCAUCAGCAUCCUGGAUUCUCGCCUCCACACUCCUAUGUAUUUCUUCCUUGGAAACCUCUCAUUCUUGGACAUCUGUUACACAUCAUCAUCUAUCCCUCAAAUGCUUAUUAUCUUUAUGUCAAAAAGAAAAUCCAUUUCCUUCCUUGGCUGUGCUCUGCAGAUGGUGAUCUCUCUUGGCUUGGGCUCCACUGAGUGUGUCCUCCUGGCUGUGAUGGCCUAUGACCGGUAUGUGGCUAUCUGUAAUCCACUGAGAUACCCCAUCAUCAUGAAUAGGGUGCUAUAUGUGCACAUGGCUAUGUGGUCCUGGGUCAUAGGCUGUCUGACUUCCAUGUUGCAAACAGUCCUGACAAUGAUACAGCCUUUUUGUGGGCAUAACAUCAUUGAUCACCUUACCUCCCACUUGACAGUAGUCAUCUUAUUCUAUGGUUCAGCCCUUUUUAUGUACAUGAAGCCCAAGUCAAAGGAAACAAAUACAUCUGACGAGAUCAUAGGACUAUCUUAUGGAGUUAUAACCCCAAUGUUAAACCCCAUCAUCUAUAGCCUUAGAAAUAAAGAAGUAAAAGAAGCUGUGAAGAAAGUCCUGAGCAAACAACAGCAUUUAUUGAAAACAUGA